GACUUUAUGUGUUUCCAGGGCCCGAGUGGUUGUUGCUAAGCGUUGCUGUGUCAAAUUCUGACUCUGCCUCUGGUUGGGCGGGGGCCUCGUUGUCCUUAACUUCUGAGACCACCUCGGGGUUCUUGGAUAAACUUUCCCUUUGAUCAUGCGUGGAAGUGGGGGCUCUGGUGAGAGGAUGUCAGCUCUGCUCCCACAUCCUCAUUCCACUUGUUGGGAUUUCCCCUUAACGUCUUUCUGUCCUGUCUCAUUGGGACCAAAACGGCUCACUCUGGAAGUCAGAAGCCUUUUGGGAGCCUGUUGCAGUCAGCUGGCCUGGAUGGAGGCUGUGAGGAGUGACCGGGGAAUGGAAGUGAAGCAGGGCAAGGGGAGGAGAGAAGAGGAAUACUAGGACGUGGGAAGUGACUGGACAGGCGUGAGAAGUCGGAACGUACUGGCCUUUUGGACCAGGUGGUGGUGCGGUUUGUGGAGGAGGCUGACUGGGGAAACGUGUGUCACAGCGUCGUUAUCUCCUGAUGCGCAGCUCAGCCUGGUGUUCUGCCUCCCCUACUCCUGUGACCCUUCAGCUUAGUUUUCAGAAGAUGCACUAACCUGUGAUUGCUGCUGUCGCUCCAUUUAUUCAUCCUAGCCCUAUUUCAUGGUCAUUUCUUGGUGUCUUUGUCCUUCAUUGCCUUCCCUGACAGCUCCAUCCUAGACAUGGUAGCAGGCACAAUCCAGUUUAGGAACUGUUUGUGGUUCAAAGUGCACUAGCAAGGGAUAGACGAGGAUUUCAGUAAUCCUUGUGCCUUAGAGGCGGGGCUGUGAAGGCAGGGUUGUUUACAGGCCGCCUCUCCUAUGCCAAUCAGUAGACAACAUUGUUGGAGUAUGGGCCUGAGCCGGCAUCAUCAUGGAGACCAUGGAAUUCUGGAAAGGGCAAUCAGAGUGAUACUGUGGACACAGCUCUUCGUCUAUCCUACCCCUAUGACUGGGCUGGGAGUGGAGAACUCCUUCCCUCAAGUUGCCAAUGGAAAAUUCUAGGCUUUCAGGUCUGUUCUGCUAACGCCAGUUAUCUUAAAACCGGGUCAGUAAAGUGAAGUAAAUGUUAGGUGGUAUUGGUCACCGCAUGCCACUGUGCAGCAAUUGGUUAAAUCCUUUAAGAGGUUUUAAAAGCUAACAAGAACAUGGUCCUCAAUGCCUACGUGACUUCAUGUAGCUGGAUGUUAGGCAAACCAGACAUCUGAUCAUUGAAUGGGGGAUCUGACCCCAGCUCCCGCGGCUGAAGGUGGGCGUGCUAGAUUGCGUUAUUGCUCAAGACAUUUUCUGCCCCUCCCUGGAGAGACUUACAUUUACCUAAUCAAUGACCCUCGGGUUGGCCAUGUGUUUUUUAGAACCCCCUUUCUUGUGGAAAAUUACAUAACUCUGCCCUGUUGUACCUCAGAGUGAUUAUGUGCCUGGCCCUGGUCCGUGAAUGUAGGUGGGCAUGAUGUGAGUGAUUUUGAACUGGAGCUGUGAGAGCCAGCUUGUGACUCCCUAUCUGUCCCUUUCCCCUCUGCCACAAAACCAGCCAUGGUCAGGGAAGACGAGGCACUUCUGUCUGCCUGGGUCCUGGAGUGUAGAUGACAUGGAGCAGAGAUAGUCGACCCAUAACGGACAAGUAAUGUGAGCAAGGAUUAAACCUCAGAUUUUAUAAACCCCUGGGACUUUGGGGUCAUUGUUGUAGCCUGUUCUGACCUAUACAGUCUAUCAUGAUAGGGAGCCAGAUGCCUUAUGAGCAUUCUAGAAAUGUCCCAGACUCUCUGCGCAGAUUGCGAGAUCCUAUCUUUGUUCCUGAGGGCUUAGAAACCGGUCUGCUGCUUUCCCUUCCUCUGCUCUGUGGAGGAGUAUAUUUCUCUGGCUCCCUGCUUUGGCCGGUGCAUGGUGAGUGGACUUGACCUAUGGCACACUUAAGCGAGGCUGUAAAUGUAUCUGCAUAUUUUGAUUCUUGUAAUGUUGCCAUCCAGCAAAAGAGCAUGCCCAGGUGGCCGUUCUGCAACCUGACGGGAAAGGGAUGUAUGUGCGGUGACCGGAUUCUGACCCUCAGUCUGGAGCUGAACCCAAGCUGAGCUGUAGCUGUCCACAGACCAGCGACCAAGAAAUGCAUGCUGUUACUAAAUUCUGGAGCCAGCCCUGCAAGCACACCAGGCCCUUUAGCAAGAACCUAGACCAGCGGUCACCAACCUUUCAAACCACAUGGACCACCGCUUGGUAACCGCUGUCCUAGAGCAAAUAUGUCAAACUCACAGCCCAUGGGCCACAUGCGGCCCACAACUAAUAUUUUUGUGGCCCAUCCAACAUAACGGUUUGACUUGCACUGAACGGGGCCUACAGUCCAGGAUGGUUUGUUCUCGGGACCAGACCUGACCAGAAGUUGACCUCAUGAGCACAUCCGCCUCGCCCGCGGCCAUGCUCCUCCGGAGGCUGAGGCGGCUCUCCUGGGGCAGCACAGCUGUCCAGCUCUUCAUCUUGACCGUGGUGACGUUCGGCCUGCUGGCCCCCCUGGCCUGUCACCGGCUUCUACACUCUUACUUCUACCUUCGCCAUUGGCAUCUGAACCAGAUGAGCCAAGAUUACCUGCAACAGAGCUUGAAAGAGGGUGAAGCUGCCCUCCACUACUUUGAGGAGCUGCCCUCCGCCAACGGCUCAGUGCCCAUCGUCUGGCAGGCCACCCCCCGGCCCUGGCUGGUCAUCACCAUCGUCACCGUGGACAGGCAGCCUGGCUUCCACUAUGUCUUGCAGGUGGUGUCCCAGUUCCACCGGCUGCUUCAACAGUGCGGCCCCCAGUGCGAGGGGCACCAGCUCUUCCUGUGCAACGUGGAGCGCAGUGUGAGCCAUGUGGAUGCCAAGCUGCUGUCCAAGUACGUGCCCGUGGCCAACCGCUACGAGGGCACUGAGGACGAUUACGGCGACGACCCUUCGACCAACUCGUUUGAGAAAGAGAAGCAGGACUAUGUCUAUUGCCUGGAGUCCUCCCUGCAGACCUACAACCCGGACUACGUCCUGAUGGUGGAAGACGACGCCAUUCCAGAAGAGCAGAUCUUCCCCGUCUUGGAGCACCUCCUGCGGGCUCGCUUCUCCGAGUCCCACCUCAGAGAUGCCCUUUAUCUAAAGCUCUAUCACCCCGAGAGGCUCCAGCACUACAUCAACCCAGAGCCCAUGCGGAUCCUGGAGUGGAUCGGCGUGGGCAUGGUGCUGGGGCCCAUACUAACCUGGAUAUACAUGCGGUUUGCCAGCCGCCCGGGCUUCAGUUGGCCCGUCCUGCUCUUCUUCUCCCUGUACAGCAUGGGUCUGGUGGAACUGGUGGGCAGGCACUAUUUCCUGGAACUGCGGCGGCUGAGCCCUUCCCUGUACAGUGUGGUCCCUGCUUCGCAGUGUUGCACCCCAGCCAUGCUCUUCCCUGCCCCUGCGGCCCGCCGGACCCUCACCUACCUGUCCCAGGUGUACUGCCACCAGGGCUUUGGCAAGGACAUGGCCCUGUACUCACUGUUGAGGGCCAAGGGGGAGCGGGCCUAUGUGGUGGAACCCAACCUUGUGAAACACAUCGGGCUCUUCUCCAGCCUGCGGUACAACUUUCACCCCAGUCUGCUCUAGUGGGCCAAGAAAUGCUUUCCUGGAAUCGGCUGCUUCUUGGAGAUUCAAAUACUGAGCUCUUUAUUUAGACACGGUCGCUUGCAGAUACUUCGUUGUUUAACGUUGCUGAGGAUAGAGGCACUGGGACAGCAGAGGAAAAGACCAGUCAAGAACCUUGGCAGGAGCAGCAGUUGGCCACAGAUCCGGACCUCUGUCCCUCCACACAGCCACACUGCCUCAUGCAGUCUGACCCACCCAAUGAGGGGGCGUUAAAAUACCGGUUACAUUCUCCAGUUGUUUUCAGCUCUGCUUCGUGAUAGAGACUGAGACUGCCACAAAUACCGUGCACAGUGAUAUGACUGUUUAAGGAUGUUAAGGGUAGAACUUAGUGAAAGGUGAGAUCCCUUUGGAUUGAUUUCUUUCUCACUGGGCAUGAGAAUGGAUGUAUUCAGAAUGUAUGUCUAAACAGGCAGGACCACGUGGAUAGAUUCUGCUUGUUUCCUUGUCCUGAUGUAAUGAAAGCCAAUAAAAGCUGUGCAGUGCUGGCAGCGUGGAGGCAGGUGACCUGGCAUCCGUUACCUGCCUUUUUCUUCUCCGCACUGCAGUGCACGGAUAAUCAGUAUUGUUAGUGAGAACUUUAAGGCACAGCAGAUUUUGAAAGCACCUUAUGGAUCAUCAAAGUCAGAUUGCUUAUGUUUAUUAGAGACUUAAUAUUGCAGAUUUCUGUCUCAUUCUGAUUAUUUGGAAAUUGGGCAUUGCAGAAUGCUAUUGAAUGGGUGAGCUCUUUACUAACUGCAUAUCCCUUUCCCUAACUUUUCUGGCUAACCCGUCCCCCUCAUUUCUUUUUCUUCUAGGUAGCAUGAGAAAACAUGGACUGUGAAGUCAGAAGAUGCUGCAUUUUUUUUUUUUUUCAGAUUUCUCUUAUGUCCUGGUGGUGUGAACUUGGCCAAGUUAUAACCACUCUGAGUCUCAGUAUCUUCACCUGUAAAAUGAGGACAGUGGUACCUACCUUUUAAAGUUGCCUUGAGACUGUAUGUAAGACACCUUAUAAGUGCUUAGCCCAGAGAGGGCACAGGGUAAAUUCUAGUUCUUUUCUCCCCUGUAGUAAGUAUAUAAAACUCAAGUGUAUUUGGAGGGAACGCAGCUUGGCCCCACCUCCAACCAAGGUAAUUUUUCAUUCAUACUAGAAGUGAUCUGAGACACCUCUUGAACUUAUUCCAGGACUAUCAUCUGAAAAUUACUUUUCUCGAGAAUUACAAGUAAAUGGCCUUGGAUGAUAGUUAUGGAACCGGAGGACAACAUGUCCCUUCCUGAGGACAGAUGGUUACAUGAGAGUUCACGCAGUUGUCCAGUCUGUUUCAGUGCCACAUCUUCUGUUUGCGUUUACAUUUCCACAGGGAGUUUCCAUGUGGGGAUCCCCUUAAGAACAGGGAGGAGGUAUACAGGGAUGGGGGUGGAGGUGGCAGUGGGUUCACCACCACACAUUACAAAUGAACAAACUGAGACCCAGAGAUGUUGAACAACUUCUCCAGGUUCACACAGCUGAGCAGGACUGAAACAUAGCUCUUCUGACUUCCGGCCCCUCUGGUUAAUCCCAUCCAUGUUAUAGAUAUCUAUGUAGUCCAAUUCUCUUCUGUAAAAUAUGAUUGUAACCUGGACUGAAUAAUAUCUCUGUAAACUAAGAUGGUAGAAACUCAUUGUCAUGUGGACCUUGGGGAACAAACAGGUAUCAGUGUGUGUUGUGUUGUUAUAGUGACCUGUUAUGUAUCUCCCAGGAAUAUCCAAAGUGAUCAGAGCUACUAGAUGACUUAUUCAAGAUGUUUGGAUUCCACACCUUCAUUCCUCCUCUCCCAGCAACUGGUCUACUCCCCUGUUUGAAAACAGAAUCGGCCUCAUGUUUGAGAAUAGAACCACCCUCAACCUAUGGACCUCAUGAGAGUUUAUUGCAUUUAAUGAUUGGAUUGCCUCAUGAAAAUUUAUUUGUCCAGUGGGAGAAGAGCCACAUCUAAGCUAGAAAGGCUCAAGACGGAACCAUUGCUGGUUUACAUUUCUGCUGUUUCUAAUUCAGAUGUCUACCACAUGCAGACACUCCCUCCCCUGACUGUCAUUCUGGAUGGCCAUGGCCAUCUUUGCCUUGUCUAAAUUCUCUGCCUAUACACCAAGAACCUCCUCCCAUUGAGCUUAACUAGAGUCUGCCACCCUUGGACAUUUUCUGCAGCUCAGUGCUGCCCUUUUAUCUCUACCCACUUCUAGAUUUUCUUCCCUUUUGUCCCUCAUUCCUAGAACCCAGUUUUUGUAUAUUGUCCUUGAUUAGGACAGCUAACAGCUUCACACCAAAGCUGAAGUCUCUCAUUUAAUCCUAAACAAGGGGGUUAGAGGAGAACCCAACUCCCCUUCUCAUAUCAAGGGACAUAGGUUAACAGUUCAGUGAAGGUCUCUUAACAGUCCUCAUCUUUCAGAGUUUAAAUUAUAAUCAGGCCUAAGAAGCUCUCAUUUGUGACAGUGUAUUUGUGUAGACAUAUUAGUUAAAAUAAAAGCAUCCAUUCCACUGAGGUAUCCUGAGAA